AUGGACCUGAUUAGCCCUGUUUCUGUGUUCAGAUGUUUCCUGCAGCAGGAGAUGGUCCAGAAAAUGUCCAUGUGUCAGUUUGCUGUUCCUCUCCUGCUGCCCAACUGUGACACAGAACAAAGCACGUUGAUGCUGGUGGGCCUUGAGGGACAUGCUGAGGAAAGUUUAGACCCUCUUCCCAAUGGACACAAGUCCUUCAUAGGGGAGAGAAUUGUACUUCGUCUGAUAUUCCUAUGGAGUUGUCCUUGUUGAGGCUGAGGAGAGAGCAACUUGUCUAAGUCUAAUAUGUUGAACAAACUGCUAAGUAAUCCUGACACAUUUGUCCAUCGUGAUAUGGACUGUGGUGAUGUACCUCGGAAGAUUUCAGAUGGUCUYGUUGAAAUCAGCUGGUACCUCCCAUGUGGGAAAAGAAACAUAGACAGGUUCACCAAGCCUGUGGCUUUUGCCAAUCUSAGAGGAGACAUCAGGUCCUUUAAGACACAGUUUUCCUUUCUGUGUCAAACAUCAGCAGCAAUUUACAUGUUUAGUGAUGAAUUAGAGGCGGAUUCUGAGGUUUUGAAAGACAUYAACACAGAYUUAUURCUGGUUGUUAACUCUCAGAGAAAAACAUUCACAGGAGACAYAGUKACACAUGUWAUAGAAAAGAAGGGGAGGAAUGAAGCAGCAUUUGUAAAAACCCUGCAGUCAUCUGUUGGUGAUGUAAUUGAAAAUUGCCAAAACAAACUGACAAUUGAAAAAAUGGAUGUUAUUGCUCGUCAGAGUGGGAUUCUGGUUGAUGAAGACAGUGAUGAGUGUCGGAGUGCCAGGAAGAUGGCAGAUAAAAUCACCAGCAACAUCACAGACACAAUGAAAUUCAAAGACAAACAGCUACCCUUACAAGGGCAAAUCUGGAAAGAGCUUUCCCAGUUGGAGAAAGAGAGAUGUAGACUGAGAAAACAAGGGGAUCAAAACACUGAACACUACAAGAGCUCUCUGAAGAAAAAGGAAAUAGAACUCAGAAAAAAGCAACAAAGCUUUGAUAUGACAGAGGCAAUGACAAAUUUCCUAAUUGGCAUGUCAAGUUCAGAAGUGGAGCGAUCCUAUUUCAUCAAAUGGAUGCGGAUAUAUUUGGACAAUAUGUCACGGAAGAAUCUGUCUGGUUUACGAGAAAAGUAUAAAAUGCUCCAGGAAAAAGAAUCUGCAGAUGAAAAAGACAUUGCAGAUUUGGAAAGGCAGAAAAAAGACAUUGCAGAUUUGGAUAGGCAAAUAUCUGACGGUUCCCUGGGACUUGAACACUUCCUGCGUGAGUUGGGCCAGUUAUAUGAAGCUGCCUGCUCCCUCCCUGGAGACAGUCCUCAAAGGAAACAGAUGGAGCAUCUCCCUGGAUUGUGUGCUCAGAUGCUGUUGGAUGGUUUCCCCAUUGAGCUUGUGGAUGGAGAUGCAUCAAAUAUCCCUCUGAAAUGGAUAUCAGCUGUUCUGACUCAGCUUCAUACUCUUGUAAAAUCCAACAGCAAGAUCCGGGUGGUCACAGUUUUAGGGGUCCAAAGCACUGGGAAGUCCACUCUCCUUAACACCAUGUUUGGGGUCCAGUUUGCUGUCAGCAGUGGAAGAUGCACKAGAGGGGCCUUCAUGCUACUGAUUAAAGUCAACAAAGAACUCAAGGAGGAACUGAAAUGUGACUUCAUCAUGGUCAUUGACACAGAGGGGUUGAAAUCACCAGAGCUGGCCCAACUAGAUCAUAGCUAUGAACAUGACAAUGAACUGGCAACACUGGUGAUUGGACUGAGUGAUGUCACAAUUAUCAACAUGUCCAUGGAYAACUCCACAGAGAUGAAAGACAUUCUGCAGAUUGUUGUUCAUGCUUUUAUCAGGAUGAAGGAAGUGGGGAAGAAGCCAGUGUGUCAUUUUGUCCACCAGAAUGUGUCAGACGUGUCUGCWCAUGACAACAACAUGAGGGACAGGAAGAAGUUGUUGGAACAGUUGAAUGAAAUGACCCAGGCAGCAGCCAGAAUGGAGAAGAAGGAGAAUAUCACCAAGUUCACUGAUGUGAUGGAGUAUGACCCACACACAAGCAGUUACUACAUCCCAGGACUCUGGCAUGGGACUCCCCCGAUGGCUCCAGUCAAUGCUGGCUACAGUGAGGCUGUAUAUGACUUCAAAAAGAGCUUGAUGAAAGAUUUMAGAAUAUGCCCAAAAAAUGAUGAUUUGACACAUUUCAUGAAGUGGACAGAAAGCUUGUGGGAGUCUGUUAAAUUUGAGAACUUCAUCUUCAGUUUCAGAAACAGCUUGGUUGCAGAUGCGUACUCCAAAUUYUGRUCMGAGUACAAUGMUUGGGAKUGGGCCUUCCAGAAAGAGAUGUAUACAUGGAUGGUGAGUGCUGAAACCAACAUUUCUAAUUUUGGCAUGACAGUUCUUAAUCACCAGAUCACCAUAAGAGAUGUGCUAAAAGACUUGAUGACAGAAGCAUCCAAGAAGCUUGCAGAGGGAGAAAUGGAAAUCCAAGACAAUCUAGUAAAAUACUUUAAAAAGAAAGAUGGCCAUGUCAAUCUGGUGGAAAAUUACAGGGAAGGCUUUGUGUCCAGUGCCAAAACACUGAGACGAGAGACAGAAAACACAGUGAGUAACGUUCUACAUGGAGCUGUUGAAAUKAAAGAGGGAAWGGCCCAACUGGARYACAUCAAGAGUUCACAGGCAAYUACAAUGGAGAACAUGGUGCUGUUGUUGCUGCAGACCUGUAAACAGAACAAAUCUGAUUUAUCAGAACAGGACCUCAUAGAAGAGUUUGAAAGAAUGUGGAAGAAAACUCUGUCUGAGAUCAAAUUCAGAGGACUCACAAGAAGAAAGAUUGCUCAGGAUGCCUUCAGCAUUUUACAAGACCAUUUAUCUACGAGGUCGGGUUAUGUCCGAAGUUUGUUGGAUGGAAACAGCUUGGUUGAUUGUGGGAAGAGGCCAUUUGUUGUAGAGUCAGGGGAUUGGUGGCAGAAGACUAAGGAAUUUGUGAUUAUCUGGAAUAGAGAUGUCAGGAAGAAACUGCAAGACUUCUGUAAUGACAUCAUAACACAGUGUCAAGAGUUUAUAACCCAGAAGGUGAAUAGCAAAACAGAUUACCAUGACACUUACAUCAAAGAGCUUCUUGAUAUAAUUGAUAAAACAUCGCAACAAAACAAGAAACAGAAAGUUCCUGAGGAAUGUGAGAUUAAACUGAAGCUGCACAUCUGUGGCAUAGCAGCGAGAACAUUUCAAAAGAAACAUGAUGAUUUAAUUGCAGUCAAUGAUCCCCGAAAAUGUCUGGAACAGUCUAAGAUCAAGUACCUUACUGACUUCAUAGACUUGUUUCAUAACCGAGAUCAGUGCCUGAAGAAAGCUGAGGAGUUCACAAAGCUCUUACAGCCAGCUGUACAGGAUUAUGUGACCAAAAUGAUUGGUCCUGAUGUGAUUGAUGAAGUGAAGACAGGUAAAGGGUCAGAGGAUUACAGCGCCCGAGGGGCUUUCCAGUUCUCCAUUUUAAAACAGCUACUGAUGGAUGGGAAAUAUGACGGCAACUACAGAGAAUACAUAAACCAUUAUGAAAAGUUUGUGAAGGACUGGCUGUUUGACCAAAUUGUUCAACAACUCUCAAAGGACCGCAGUUUGGAGAAGUUGGAGAAGAAACAUCUUUCAGAGAUAGUCAAGAUAAUUACUGAUUCAAUUUCUAACAUCAGAAAAUCACACAGCACUGUAAAAGAUAUCAAUAAAUUCAUUCAGAACAUGUGUUGUGCCCUUGGAAAGAAGCUUGUCUUCCCCAAGGAUGGUCUGGAUUUGAUCAUGACUCUGAACUACUCUGAAAAUACAGAACAGUUUGCUGACUACCUAACAGAUUAUGUGGUAGAAAUGGAGCAGUCACUAGCAGCUGAGUAUGAUAAGGGAGGAGACAUCAAAGAGAGACUCAGAUCUCUGCCAUUCAAGCCUCAGGACAAGAUGUUCACCAGUCUGUUUGGCUGUGGGGAGGUAUGUCCCUUCUGCGGUGCACCCUGUGAAGCAGGAGGGAAGGAGCAUAGAAAACACUUUACUUCCAUUCAUCGUCCACAAGGUGUCAGUGGUUUGAGGGAAAUAGACACAAAGAUGUUAGUGACUGAUAUAUGUUCCUCUGAUGUGAUUAGUGAGAGCAAAUUCAGUAGCUCCCUGACAGAAGGCAAACCUCACCCCUACAAGGAAUACCAGACAUACUACCCUGACUGGAUCAUAACUGGAGAUUCCAGUAUCAAGGCUUCAGACUACUGGAAGUAUGUGAUGACCAAAUUCAAUGAGACAAUCUCUAAAGACACAGAUGCAGUCCCUGCUGAUAUCCCAGAGGACUGGAAGGCAUUAACACAUGAUGAUGCAAUGAAGAGCUUGAAAGGGUCUUUCCACAUGAAAGAUUCGUCUCUAGUUGUUGACAUGCAACCAUUUAAAGAUGUCCGACUAGACAACCAGAAAUAACUAUUAUGACAUGGAUAUUUAACAGAAUCAUAACAUGAAGGGACAGUUUUUGAAAUAAUGUGCAGAUUGAGCAAUACCCAAUGCAAUUCUGAAAAGAACAACUGCAGUACGCCAAAUCACAUUUUCAGAUACAUUGAUAAAUGAUAUGAAAUCUUGGCAAUUUACAGAUCUGAUGUUCAUAAUGAAACAGCUAACACUGAGUUUUAUGGGAUAUUAAUACAUUAUUAUAAUCAAGUAAUACAACAUUCAAAUCAUGAUUUUGAUGUAAGCAAAGAGUUUUUAGCAAAUUCAGAAAUCAUACAAAAUGCAAGAGAAGUGAACAUGAACACCAGCAGGUUAACCAACAUGAUUUUUGUGACUUGAUAAUGUCCAUGAAUAAACAAACACAAUACACAGGUAACUAAGGAGCUAGUCUGACAUUGUUCAUUUAGUUUCAGUUUCAAUUAGAAUAAUCAUAUUUCUCUCAUUUACUUACCAUCUAACCUAUGGCUUGAUAUGCCUUGAUCACAGAUUAUGACAUGCUGCAUGGUUCAGUGGUGAGCGAUUGGCUUGGCCUUUGUUUUUGUUAUUUGACCUUUUAUUAAGAGAAUAAUAUGUUGUUUCAUAUACAGGUUUAACACAUUUACUGGUCUUUUAAAAAAUGUACUUCAACAAGAAUGAUUGCUAAGUAGACUUAAAUGAUAAUGUUUCUAAUUGAUCACACCUUCAAAUAGUGAUUUGUUCAAUGACUUCAUUGCUUUGAAGACAUUAGUUUGGAUAAAGUAUAAUUCCUAAUCAGUGACUAUCAGUAAUGUAACUUCAUUAAUUCUCUUCAGUUAUGCUUGAGGUAUAUAGUAUGUUUUGAGGUACUGCACUGUGAUUAUUGUUUUGGAUGCUAAUGAUUAUGAAGGUAUUGAUGAUGCUGAUGACUGUUUGCAUUUAUUUGUGAUGAUGAUGUUUGUUGAUGAAGGUGAUUUAUAAAUAUGGCAGUUGAAUAAGAUUGUUGAUUUUGUUUAUUGAAGUUGAUGAUGAUGAUGAUGUGAGAUUAAACUCUCUAAGGCCUGCAGGAAAUGGCUUUCAGUUGGCAAAACUAUCAGCAUGAUGAAGACCAAAAAAGUUGAGUUGUAUUUAACAAAUAUUGAUAUUGUUUAUGAUCUCUUACAAACUGUCACGACUCCUGCCGAAGGUGGCUCCCCUUCCUGUUCGGGUGGCGCUCGGCGGUCGUCGUCACCGGCCUACUAGCUGCCACUGAUCCCUUUUCCCCCUUUUAUGUUUAUUGGUUUCACCUGUUUGUGUUUUAGGCUGAUUGGUUGGGCUUUAUUUACCAGCAGGCCCGCCUACUGGUUGUGCGGGAUUAUUUUCGAUGUACAUGUUUGUACACGGCUGCAUGUCAUAGUUGUCCGUGUGUUUGUGUUUUGCUGGACUGUUUAAGUCCCCCGUGUUUGGGGCAUUUGUUUUGGUCGGCGUCUGUUCACUGUUGUGGUGGAAUAAAGUAACGAUACCCUGAA